CUCCUCACCAACCAGUCGAACUCAGAUUCUCCCCAGACCCGGAGGAUGCGGCUCAUGGGGCCCCCAACCUUCCUCCUGCUGCUCUCAGGGGUUCUGGUCCUGACCCGGACUUGGGCAGGCUUCCACUCGCUGAGGUAUUUCCACACCGUCGUGUGCCGGCCCGGCCGUGAGGACCUCUACGUCUCGGUCGGCUACUUGGAUGACACGCAGUUCAUGCGGUUCGACAGCGAGGCUGCGAGUCAGAGAGUGGAGCCGCGGGCGCCGUGGAUGGAGCAGGAGGGGCCACAAUUUUGGGAAGAGCAGACUAAGAUUGCCAAGGAACACGCACAUGAUUCCAAAUCUAAUUUACGCUGGGUUCUGGGCUACUACAACCAGAGCGAGUCCGGGCCCCAUACGUUCCAGUGGACGUCUGGCUGCGACGUAGGCCCAGAUGGGCGACUCCUCCGCGGUUUUGAGCAGUUUGCCUACGACGGCGCUGACUACAUCGCUCUGAACGAGGACCUGCGCUCCUGGACCGCGAUGGACACUGCAGCGCAGAUAACCCAGCGCGAGUGGGAGGCGGGCGGACUUGCCGACCACUACCGGCUGUUCCUGGAGGAGGACUGCGUGGAGCGGCUCCUCAGUUACCUGGAGAAGGGGAAGGAGGUGCUGCAGCGGACGGAUUCCCCAAAGACACACGUGACCCACCACCCCAUCUCUGACCGUGAGGUCACCCUGAGGUGCUGGGCCCUGGGCUUCUACCCUGCGGAGAUCACCCUGACCUGGCAGCGUGAUGGGGAGGACCUGACCCAGGACACGGAGUUUGUGGAGACCAGGCCUGCAGGGGACGGGACCUUCCAGAAGUGGGCGGCUGUGGUGGUGCCUUCUGGAGAGGAGCAGAGAUACACGUGCCAUGUGCAGCAUGAGGGGCUACCUGAGCCCAUCACCUGGAGAUGGGAGCCGCCUCUUGAGUCCCCCAUCCUCAUUGUGGGCGUCAUUGCUGGCAUGGGUCUCCUUGGAGCUGUGGUGGCUGGUGCCGUGAUCUGGAGGAAGAAGCACUUAGGACUAGGUGAUUCCUUUAGGACCUCAUGGCCCUGCCUGCUUCCUGGCUUCUCACAGAAUGUUUUCUUCCCACAGGUGGAAACAGAGGGAGCUACACUCAGUCUACAAGCAGUGACAGUGCCCAGAGCCCUGUCUGAUGUGUCUCUCAUGGCAGUGUGAGCCUUUUUGGAAACUAAGUGAUGCAAGAUGUGUUCACACCCUCACUCGGUGACUUCAAGAACGCUGACUUCUCUUUCUGCAGAUGGCAUCUGAAUGUGUCUGCGUUCCUAUUAGCAUAAUGUGAAGAGGUAGGGAGACUAGCCCACUCUUGCCCACCGGGACCCCCACCCCACACACACCAUCAUGUGAUAGUACCGUGGAUAUAUGUAUAUGCUCAAACUUGUUAAAUUGUAUAUAUUAAAUAUUUGCAGUUAUUUUUAU